AGAAGGAAACGGAAAUAAAUAGUUGUAGAGAUGGAAUGUGAUAAAGCUUCACCUGCUGUUAGAAAAGGGAACAAGAAGCAAGUAAAGGAUGAGUUGGACCGGAUUAAACAGGCUGAGAAAAAAAAGAGGCGCUUAGAGAAAGCCUUGGCUACUUCAGCUGCCAUCCGCUCUGAAUUGGAAAAGAAGAAACAGAAAAAGAAAGAAGAACAGCAAAAGCUUGAUGAGGAGGGUGCCGCAAUCGCCGAGGCAGUUGCUCUGCAUGUCCUAGUAGGUGAGGACUCGGAUGAUUCAUGUAAGCUUUUGCUGGAGAAGGAUGAAGAAUCAAACUCAUGGGAUAUUGGUAGCAAUUUUGAUUUUUUUAUGGGCGGAUAUAGAGCCAUGCUUCCUCAUCAAGAACUCUCAAAAUAUUCAGUUGAAGGAACACAGUGGGUGUCUGGUACCAACGGGUAUGGAUGCAUGUGUGAGCAGGAAAAUAGCACGUGGAUGGUCUCUUCUGUACCUUUGGCAGGGAAUGUUCACCAUCAAUGGUUUGAUGUGGGGAAUUGGGAGGUUGCCAGACUUUCUGCUGGACUUCUUGCAGCACAAGCUGUCUCAUCACUUCAGAUUGCAGAAGAUGCUCCAAUGGACUCAUAUGUCUUCAGUCGGAUGCUGAGAGAGUGAACUGUGGAGGUCUAACGUCUAUCAUCCAGUUGGUUGGUACUUUAUGAGAUGUUUUUUUUUAUUUGUGUGGUUUAGGAUAAUUCCAUGUAUAUAUAUUUUUAGUGAACUCAAUCCGCAUUGUUUUUGACUUAUUAUGCUUGUGUCGGUCAUGAGCCUUUAAAAUUCACUAAAUAGUUCCUGGAUGAUUAUCGCACUAUGAAUGUUACAUUGUAGUUCUGAUUGUGAA